UGCGUCUGCGCAACUGCGAGCGUAGGUGUUCGGCUUUGAAAUGCAGCGGGAUUUAGUGAGUUUGCCCCUAUCCCCAGCGGUGCGGGUGAAGCUGGUGGCUGCAGGUUUCCAGACUGCUGAGGAACUCCUAGAGGUGAAACCCUCCGAGCUCAGCAAAGAAGUUGGGAUAUCUAAAGAGGAAGCCUUAGAAACUCUGCAAAUUAUAAGAAGAGAAUGUCUCACAAAUAAAGCAAGUUAUGCUGGUACAGCUGAGUCAGGCAAGAAGUGUACAGCACUGGAACUUCUUGAGCAGGAGCAUACCCAGAGUUUCAUAAUUACCUUCUGUUCAGCACUAGAUAAUAUUCUUGGGGGUGGCAUACCCUUAACCAAAACAACAGAAAUUUGUGGUGCACCAGGUGUUGGAAAAACACAAUUAUGUAUGCAGUUGGCAGUAGAUGUGCAGAUACCAGAAUGUUUUGGAGGAGUGGAAGGUGAAGCAGUUUUUAUUGAUACAGAGGGGAGUUUUAUGGUUGAUAGAGUGGUAGACCUUGCUAAUGCCUGCAUUCAGCACCUGCAGCUUAUAGCAGGAACACAUAUGGGAGAAGAGCACCCAAAAGCUUUGCAGGAUUUCACUCUUGAAAAUAUUCUUUCCCAUAUUUAUUAUUUUCGUUGUCGUGACUACACAGAGCUACUGGCACAAGUUUAUCUGCUUCCAGACUUCCUUUCAGAACACUCAAAGGUUCGAUUAGUGAUAGUGGACGGUAUUGCUUUUCCUUUUCGUCAUGACCUAGAUGACCUAUCCCUUCGUACUCGAUUACUAAAUGGCCUAGCGCAGCAAAUGAUCAGCCUUGCAAAUAACCACAGAUUAGCUGUAAUUUUAACCAAUCAGAUGACAACGAAGAUUGAUAAAAAUCAGGCCUUGCUGGUUCCUGCACUGGGGGAAAGUUGGGGGCAUGCUGCUACAAUACGACUAAUCUUUCAUUGGGACCAGAAGCAAAGCAGGUUGGCAACAUUGUACAAAUCACCAAGCCAGAAGGAUGCUACAGUACUAUUUCAAAUCACACCUCAGGGAUUUAGAGAUGCUGUUGUUGCUACUGCACGUUCAUUGCAAACAGAAGGUUCAUUGAAUAUCCGGAAGCGGUCACGGGACUCAGAGGAAGAAAAGGAAUCCAAAGACUAGUCUCAGAGUAUACAUAUGUAUUGAUGCUGUGAGAGAUGCAGUGCUUACAAGUAGUAGACUCGUUACUUUAGAAUAUAAACACUAUGGCGUGAAUGAAUCCAGUCUAUAUUAAGUGAAUGGUGAGUGAAUGGAUCAGGUCUAUAUUAAGUGAAAAUACUUAACAAAUAGGAUUCUCUGAAAGAGUUUUUCUAAACUAAGCAGUGUUCUACAGUUGUAUUUAACCCUGUUUUCAUUUUCAGUAACAUUCAGUAGAGAUGAUACAGGUAUUGUAUUUUGCAAAUGUGGAAAGCUGAUCGCUUAUGGCCAAUCUGAAUUUAAUAUUCAGACUGUUUUUUCCUCCUUUCUUUGCCAAUUGCCUAGACAUUUCUAGGAAGAAAAGAUUUUUUUCACAUUCCUAUUGUGCUCUCCUCUUUAAAUGUAGCUUUGAUAAUUCUCAAAAAUGACAUGUUUCUAUUAUGAAGAAAAGCCAGCACCAUGAGUCAGCAUAUCAUUACAUUCAGUUUAUGAGUAGGAUACAAAUUUUGGAUGACCAGUCUGAUUUUAGUGACCCCAAUCCUAAAAUCGAAGUCAUUUGUUCAGUUUUUAAUGUUAUUUUGUAACAUUAAAGGAAGGACUUUGGAGUUGUUAUCCCAUCUAGAACAUUGACUGGAACAUAUAUCUAUGUUGUCAAGUUGAUAAGCUUACAGUCAUUUAUUUCUAUAUUUUUGAAACAUGGUGUGAUCCAGUUCUAGGUGUA